AAAAAAUUAUAAAAAUUUACAGAUCCUUUUAAGUGGUUUUUCUUCGCUACAAUUCGCGCGCAUGGUCCACUCAAUCGUCAACAGCGAAUUCCAGCGAAAGUGUAGUGCCUUGCAACAGAAACUUAUCACAUAUAUUGAUCGUGUUUCAGCACCACUUACCAUGGAGAAUGUUCGCUUUUCCAUUAUUGAGAACGAUCUCAAAUGGAAUUCGGAGUGCCAUGAAACACACGAUCUCUUCUUCGACAAGCGUAGCAUCUCCAGCGAGAGUAGCAACAAUAGUGAUGCGGUCUUUAGCGAUGAGGCGCAUGAGAUAUUCUUGUGGCAACAACAACAUCAAAUGAUCUGGGAUCAGCACGAAAUCGAGGAGACACUUAGUCUGGUCCCCAAUUCGCAUGCCAUAUUCGCAAUGGUCAAAACAAAUUGUUUUCAAGAACUUAUACCCGGCUCCAGUGAUGCCAAUUUGGCGCUACUCUAUGCCUCUAUCUAUGGUUGUGUGGAGAAUAUUCUUGCUCUACUCGAUCAGUAUGCCGCCGAUCCGAAUUGCAAGGACAUACGCGGCCGCACGCCUCUCCAUUUCGCUUGUUGCCGCGGCAAUGCACACUUCGCCAAAGUGCUAUUGGACCGUGGCGCUGACCCGAAUCGCUAUGAUGGCAAAAAGGAAGUUACACCCUUACAUUGUGCGGCCAGCGCUAAGAGCGUGGAAUGCAUUUUGCUGCUUUUGAAACGGAAAGCGCACAUCAAUAUUGGCAUUGAGAAGCGUUCGGCGUUGCAUUUCGCUAUCGAUCGCAAUGCGGUUGAGUGUGUGGAGAUAUUGCUUAAAUAUGGCGCGGAUCCCAAUACGCCACAGGUCUACACGGAAACGCCGCUGCAUACAGCUUGCGCACUGGGCUUCAGCAAAUGUGUGGAAUUGCUAUUGAAUCAUGGCGCGGAUGUGCGCUCACAAUUCGGCGAAGGGAAAUUGACAGCCUUGCACUUGGCCGCUGAGAAUGAUUACGUUGAAUGUGUACGUUUGCUGUUGGAACAUGGCGCUGACGUCGAUUGCCGUAACGCCAGCCAUCAGACCCCAUUGCAUUUGGCCUGCCUAUCACAAUCCAUCGAAACGGUUGACAUGCUGAUCAAACAUGGCGCCAAUGUGAAUGCAAUCUAUAGGGAUGGCCGCACAGCUCUACAUGCUGCGAUCGUUAAGCAAUCUCGAAGUUUGGACUGUUGCAAUGCCUUGUUGAAGGCGGGUGCCAAUGUCAACAAAGCAGAUAAUUUUGGCUAUACACCGCUACAUAUCGCGGCCUUGAAUGAGUUCAGCAAUUGCGUGUACACUUUUAUUGAACAUGGUGCUGAUAUAACAGCACGUACGAUGGGUAAUGUAUCUGCUUUGUCAUUCAUCGUACGACGUACGCCAGAGAUUAUACCGAAACUUACGGCCAAAAUGGACAAUUCCAUUAAAGUAAACGACCAUGAAAUCGGUGACGUUGAUUGUGAAAUCAAAUUGGAUUUUCGUCUCUUGGUGCCGCCUACUUCAUUGGAACGCGGCGAAACUGAAUUGCUGUUGUCAUUGAUCGAAGUUGGCCAGAAACGUUUACUUAUGCAUCCAUUGUGUGAAACUUUUCUUUUUCUCAAAUGGCGACGUAUACGUAAAUUCUUUCUGAUGAGCCUCUUUUAUCAUGCUAUCUAUGUAAUACUCUUCACAAUGUAUAUUGUUGGUGUAUAUGCGCGCAAUUGUGAUAAGAAUCCGAAUUGUGAAGCUCCUGGAUAUAUAUGCACAGUGGGCUAUUUUGUUAUUAUACUGAAUUUAAUAUUAAUGGGCAAAGAGAUUUUUCAGAUGGCUCACGGCUUACAAGGUUAUGCGAAAUAUUGGGAAAAUUGGUUGCAAUGGGCUAUUGUCUUCGGUGUAUUGCUUUGUGUGACGCCUGAAAUUUUAGUGCCCAGUAAUUUGUUGGCGGUGCCUAUGUGGCAGCAUCAUGUGGCAGCCAUUGUUGUGCUUUUGGUUUGGUUGGAGUUAAUGAUGUUGGUGGGACGUUUUCCGAUAUUCGGCGUUUACGUGCAGAUGUUUACGAAAGUUGCUGGCAAUUUUUGUAAAUUUUUAUUGGCCUACAUCUGCUUGUUAAUCGCCUUUUGCCUCAGCUUCUCAGUGCUGUUCAACGACUAUCCACCAUUCGAAAAUAUAACUUGGUCACUACUCAAAGCCAUCACUAUGAUGUCCGGUGAAUUAGAGUUCGAAGAUAUAUUUUACGGCGAUGCACCAGUGAAAUUUCCUGUCACCUCACACAUUCUGUUUCUCUGCUUCGUACUACUCGUCACCGUUAUACUCACCAAUCUG